GAUUAGCAGCUGGUGUUUUCACGACAUCGAAAGAAGCGCGGCAAUUGGGCCCCGAAAAGCGCUGAACUUUUAGUUUCAUUUGUGAGGGAGAUAGCGAGACAAAUUUAGAUCUGCCACAACAUGCCAUUUGAAGACCUUAUACAGGAAGUCAAUGAUAACAUCGAGCAAGAGAAAAAGAAGCGAGCCAGACUGAAAGACCUGGACCUCAUUGUGUUUGACAACUCACUUCGUGAGAGCACUGUGGGUCAGCUUCGUGGGCACACACUAGAAAACAAGCGUAAGAUUUACGAUGAAGUCAGAAAGUGUGGAUUCCAGUUCAAGAUUGUGGCUGCCUAUUCUCAUAUGCCACGCGUGGAUGACUCCUGGGUCGCUGAGAUCGUCCGUGAGUGUGAGGAAGGCAAAGAAGACCUGGGUAACCUAUUUGCAUUCAGUGAGUUUUUCGAGUCGGUCUCUCAGGGUAUUCCUGACACCAAAACUAUUCCAGUGGGUCUGAGAAAGAUGCAAGAGCAGGGAUUGAUCAAUCCUAUCAUAGAGAUAGAUUUGGCCAUAAAAAGCAUCAACUGGGAAAAGUUCACCAUGGAGGACAUGUUCACACUGCUGACCGAAAGAUUCAAAUGGAGCCGAAAAUAUUUGUCUCCAGAUGCCAAGAUCAUGGUAAAUCUACGAGACUUUCCGGACGCCAUGGUCUAUGAAAUGGAGCGGCUGUUCAGUCUUGUGGACUACAUCGCGUCCAUGCCUGAAGCUGAGCGUCCUUUUGGAAUCAUGUUUGAGGAGCCAACGGGCAAGUUUUUACCAGAGGAGGUUGGCGCCUGGACUGCUGGUGUACGUAAGAUCAUGGAUUCCCAUGGGUGGACCUCUGGACACCUCUUGGCUCAUGUUCACAAGAAGUGGGCUCUUGGGGAAAUGGUGCAGCUUGAAUGCCUUAUAAACGGAGCUAACGGUAUCUGGGCAAGCAUUUGUGAGGAAGGAGCUGCUCUUGGUCACGCAUGUUCUACAGUCACGAUGAUGAACCUCGUCCGAAUGGGGAACAAAAAGGUCCUAAAACGCUACAACUGCCCCGCCCUAAGGGAUGCUGCAUCUAGCGUGACUAAGAUCACCACUGGCCUUCCACCCCAUCCCAAGCAAGUCAUCUAUGGCGAAAGAGCGCUGGACUUAGCAUUUGACUUUGGAAGCAUCGCAGGUGGAACCGCUGGGGAAACCGACUUUGACCUGGCUGAGUUCUUUGGAGAAGAAUCCCUGGUGAGGAUCAGUACACUUGCUUCCGAGAGCAUGAUCCUGGACAAGCUGGUAGAUCUGUUUGGUGAGGAUAGGCAGUUUACAAAUGCAAUGGCUGCUGCAAUGAAGGAACAAAUGAUUGAAGACCUGACGAACAACACCAAAGAAGAAUACACGAGUGCAGCCGGCAUCGCCAUGUUGUUUGAUCGAUCAGGAGGAAAACUCACCACGGAGAUGUCAGAAGUCAUUAAAAAUGCCGAUGUGGAGAGUGUACAUGCCCAAAAUCUCAUUGAAGAGGUUCGUAAUAUAUGGAACGAGUGGGACAUCAAGGAAGAAGAACAAAAUGACGAUCAGCUGAUGUUCUGCUCCUUCUACAACGGGUUCAUGGCUCCUUACUUUGGAUGCUUCAUGUGCGAUGACACACAGAAGGCCUUGCAAGCUAUUAACAUGGAUAAUGACGGAUACAUCGACUGGAAUGAAUUCCUGGUGUAUCUCAAGUGGGCGAUGCGUCAAUAUCCCAACAUCAAAGAUGUUGAUGAACUGUUAAGCUGCGCCUUCAACAAGGGAAUCAUACCCGCCAUGCGAGAUGAAGUACUUGGCAAAAAAGGAAGGCAAGUCGGAGAAAGAAGUUCAAGUCCAAAUGAAAAAUGAUUUAGGCAUUCCGUUCUCACUGCCUCAUCCUAAACCUGCUGCCAUGCUUGAACUUGCAAUUCAUGCUAUUGGGUUUAUUCUGAUAAAUUAUUAGUCAACAUUAGAAAUAUGGUCAAUUGAUCGGUGUAAGUUUAGCUGUAGGUGCGAUUUUUUUCCUUCACAAACUUGUUGUUAGGCCUUAAGGUUCUGGUUUAUUUUAAGGUCAUAAUCACGCGUCUGUACCAGUCACCGGUGUAUGGCUCGAUUAAAAGAAAUAUAUGUGAUUGUGAGUUGUACCUCUGUAUCUGGUAAAUCAUAAUAAAAACACUUCAAAGACGGAUUGGAUAUUUGUUUAUCCCGGCAGAAGAGACGACGACUGUUUUUAUGCAAUAAUUUUAUAGAGAAUAAAGUAACGAAGAUUUACGUAAUUAUCAGAAAUUCAGGUAGCCUUCUAUUCUCUCUCUGACCAAUUUCAGUCGAGGUUUUUAAAGUUUAAAAACAGCCCAUUGGGGCCUGUUAGAGAAAGGGCGGCAAAGGUGUGAUAAGCAGAAAACAGGACUAAGAAUAGGUUUCGGUGAGGGCCUUACAGUGGAGUCGUGUCAAUAGGCCCUAACUGAAUCAACAACCAUAUUUCUAAAAUUUUUGAGCCUCACAAUUCUAUUUUCACACACGAGUGGCAAAUCUGUUUUCCCAUUUUCAAUUUUAUGUUUUUUAUUUGGAUGAGAAGAAAAGCUUACAAUAGCAAAUGAGCUAAGACCAAGCGCGAGUCAGCAAACAAAUGAAAAGCCGGUGAUAGUGCAUAGAAUGAAA